CUAUCUGUUAUCAUCUAGAAAAGUCUCCAAGUCGACUCGUCAUAUUGUGCAACUAUCAAGCUCUCCAGAUUAUUUUUCUAAGUAGCUAAAUAUUUUAGCGUUUUUUCUAUUUGAUUUCAAAGUUUAGCUCUGAAACAUGUCCAUCAAUACGGCCCAUGCAAACGGAGGUGUUCUAAUCCAUGCUGGAGAAGUAAUUCUAUUGUUCUCCGAUAAUGUGCAUCUCGAAUUUCAUGGCCAAGAUCAGAACCCACUCUUCAGAGGAAGUAAAGUUGGCCGCUUAUACCUCACAACUCAUCGGAUGGUCUUUACAAACAAGGACAGCCAUGAUGGCAUGCUGUCAUUUAGUUUCCCCUUUGUAACCAUCAGUGAUGUAGAAAUUGAGCAGCCAGUUUUUGGAGCUAAUUACAUCAAAGGUAAAGUCCGUGCACAACCUAAUGGAAACUGGGUCGGAGAGGCUAAGUUCAAGUUAAUGUUCAAGAAAGGAGGGGCUAUUGAAUUUGGUCAAGCUAUUUUGAAAACAGCGGCCAUGGGUAAGUCAGUAAAAUCCAGCCAGCAAGCACAAUCGGAUAACCCCCCACCAUAUGCCCCCCCUCCAGGGCCAUGGUACCAAGCUCCCCCUCCAGCCUACACUCCUUCACCUACAGGCUACUAUGGUUGGGUACCUCCCACUCAUGUCUUCCCUGACCAGCCUCCUGUGAAUUCUGUGUUUAUGACUGAUAUGCCUCCACCUUACCCUGGUAUCAAUGCUGGUUACAAUGGGUAUGCUUCUGCGCCACCUGUAGGAUUCGCUCCUCCCCCUCAACCAGAAAAAGCAGGUGAAGCAGCCCAAAGUGCUUACUACGAUCCUAAUAAACCACAAUGUGCUUAUGUCCCUCCUCCAGCUUACUAUGAAUCCCCUCCAUCAUACCCUCAAAAUGGCCCAAAGAAGAAUAACUAAUUUCAAAAGCCACCAUUUAUAAGUGUCAGGCACGCAAGAAAGUUCACCAAA